AUGCAACAACAAAAACAACAAGAAAUUCUGUAAGAAAUUUAGGAGAAAACAACAUUCUAUAAAGGAAAAGUAAAUCAAUUUUUUUAAAAUCAAAUCUUUGAGUAAGAUUCAUUAAAGGCAAAAAUAAAAAAAUCUAAGUAAAAUAUUGUGAAAAAUGUGAAUUAAUCUAGAAUGUAAGAAAAAGAUUAGAAAUCAAAGAAUUUUAAAAGAAAUAAAUCCAGAAAGGAGCGUAAAUAAUAAAAAUUACAAAAAAUGAUCUAUAAAUUUAAUAAUAUGUAGAUUGAGUGA